AAAAAGGAAGGGAAGUAGAAGGAGAAGAGAACGCCUCUACGAGACGAGGGCUACCGGUAGGAACUCUAAGACUGUCCCUUGGAAACUGUCUUCGAGAUGUCGUGGUCGACGAAUCACGUGGUUCUUCGCGGUCUUCCGUUGCUGGUCAUCAUGGCGACCUUGAGUGGGGCACAGUUCCGGUGUCCGGAACUCAAGGGUUUCUUCGCUGAUUCGGAGCAGUGCGAUCUCUACUAUACCUGCGUGGACGGUCAGGCCGAAGAAAAGCUCUGCAAGGACGGACUCGUCUUCAGGGAUGACAAUCCCAAGAAGGAACUCUGUGACAUACCGGCGAACGUGCCCUGCGGCGACCGUACCCUCCUACAGGAGCCACACUCGAGCAAAGGUUGUCCUCGUGCGAACGGCUACUUCACGCACGAGGACCCGACCGCGUGCGACCGCUUCGUCAACUGCAUCGACGGAGUGCCGCAGGUGGUGCCCUGCCCACCCGGAUUAAUCUACGAGCCGAAGAUGUCGAGUUGUGUCUGGCCGGCUGACGCUAGCCGUCUCUGCGAAAACGUCAAACGCGACGUCCUCGACGACGGCUUCGUCUGUCCGGACGGAGACGUUGCCGGCCCGUCCGGCAGGAUCCUGCCGCACCCGACCUACCCGCAUCCCGAGGAUUGCGCCAAGUUCUAUAUCUGUAAGAACGGCGUGGUGCCGCAGAAGGGCCAAUGCGAGAGCGGCACCGUUUACAACGAGGACAGCUUCAGGUGCACCGAGCCCGAAUACGUGCAGGGAUGCGAGGACUACUACAAGCGCAAGAACUGAGCUGGGAGAAGGCGCCGGUUUCAACCGCGGCUACGUAUAUGUGUGUGUGUGUGCAACGCCUUAUCUUUUUACUCGUAGGAACAAUAAACGCGUGAUUUGCGCGCUCGCUUACAUAAACGCCGCGCGUGCUCUUUGCGAGAGCGAUCUCACCCGCUCCGCUCCACCCGCCACAAAUUACUACCCCUUUCUCCUUUUACGUAAACGAAUUCGCCCGUCGGAAAAUCCGCGCCGCGUCGUUGCGGAUCACUUGCUCGCGGAACGACGAUAUCGCCGCUGUGUUAAUUCCCGAGCUGUUGAGACGUUAGGUAAACUCAGCGCGAACCGGUCCGAUUUUAUAUAAUUAUCGAUUAUACGCGACCGAAUUUUAUUAUUAAAGCGCGCCGAUACGCGCACACGCAUGCCGCUCGUCCGCAAUUCCGUGAUUAAGUAACCCCGUAAUGAGAUUAUUUAUUAUAUUCCAUUCGGGAGUCGAUCCACUUUCACUUUGGACGUUGUUUUUAGGUAACGUCGUUUUUAAACCGGUACAAUAAGAAUUGCGCUGCGUUGUAUCUCGACGAUGUUUUUGCACGCAUUUUACACGGCCUCGAAAAUCCACCCCGCCCCGGCAAGUCUGAAAUUAGUUUUUUAUAUUUGAAUCAGCUUAAGGAUAUUCAGAGAUUCCACGCCGAACCUAUACCGUAACUUUUACAGCACGUAAGAGAAAUAUGUACGAUGAGUGAUCAAUAAAGUAAUCGAGC